UACGUCAACUACGCUGGGCGGUUCAUGAAUGGGGCUCUGAAGUGGGAGGGCCCCUCAUCUGACUUUAGCAGGCAGGAGGAAGAAAGUGGGUGAUGUGCUUUGCUGCGAUGCUCCUUCAUGACUGUUUUUAAACAGCCCAGCAGCGAGCGGUCGUCUGUGUUUGCGGAUUGUAGCGGAGGGAUCUUCACCCUACAGGGACAGCAUCCUUCGGCUGAGACGAACAGGCCAGCGGCCACAGCAGCAGCAGCAGCAGCGGAACCAGAGGGAGGCAGAGUCGUGUCGAUGAGCCAUGGGGUUCCGCAAGAAAAACAAGAGCCCACCGGUGCUGAGCCACGAGUUUGUGAUCCAGAAUCACGCCGACAUGGUUUCCUGUUUGGCCAUGAUCAUCCUCCUCGGCCUAAUGUUUGAGGUCACGGCAAAGUUUGCCAUCAUGUUCAUCACAGUCCAGUACAAUGUAACUCAAGUUCUCGAUGAGAAAAGCGAGCCAGUAAACCUUUACCAGUACGGCCCUAAAGAUGUGGCUACAGUGUUUUUCUAUCUGCUCAUAGCAGUCAUCCUUCACGCCUUGAUUCAAGAAUAUAUUCUCGAUAAAAUUAAUAGGAGGUUGCACCUGUCGAAGACCAAACACAGCAAGUUUAAUGAGUCUGGCCAGCUAGCAGCGUUCUACCUGUUCUCCUUUAUCUGGGGCUGCAGCAUCCUAACAGCGGAGGAGUUUGCAACAAAUCCCACUUUCUUAUGGGAGGGGUACCCACACACUAACAUGGUUUUUCAGGUUAAAUUCUUCUACAUUUGCCAAAUUGCCUAUUGGCUUCAUGCACUUCCUGAGCUGUACUUUCAAAAAGUACGAAAGGAGGACAUCCCCCGCCAGCUUUAUUACAUUUGCCUUUAUGUUGUCCACAUCUCUGGUGCCUACAUCUUAAACCUCCACCGACUGGGCCUGGUGCUGCUGGUCCCUCACUACCUGGUCGAACUUUUGUUCCACGCUUCACGCCUUUUCUACUUCAGUGACGAGAACAAGCAAAAAGGCUUCACCUUGUGGGCGCUGCUUUUUGUCAUUGCCCGCCUCCUCACCCUCACGCUGUCAGUGCUGACAUUUGGUUUUGGUCUGCCCCGUACGGAAAACCACGGUUUUUCCUUGGCAGAAGGCAACUUUAAUGUGCUCACCGUCAGGAUGACCUGCCUAGCAGCCAUCUGUCUGACGCAGGCCUGGAUGAUGUGGAAGUUCAUUAAUUUCCAGUUAAAAAAGUGGAGAGAGCACAGCCAAAUCCAAGCAUCAAAGAAGAAGACAGUGAGCCCAAAGAGCAAGCCUCAUAAAAGAGAAACUACCAAGGGAGGAGCUGCCAAUGGAGUUGUCAAGUCUGAGGAUAAAAUGUCACCACGAGCAAGAAAAGCCAAAGCUUCAUAAAAUCGGACAAGCUUGGAGAGAUGAGAAAAUAAUUUCUGAUAAUGUGACAUUACAGGUUGUUUCAGGCUGCAAGGAACUUUUUUAAAAGUUCUCAUAACAGUUUAAGGCGGAUUCCUCUCUUUGUUUAUAUUUGCGCUGCAGGAACCAUGGCCUCUUUGCAGAGCUGCUUUUAACGAGUGUUUUUAAGAUCCUGCUUCACAAUAUUAGCCCUCCGUCUGCAAUCGGGGACAUAGGUGGCCCAGUUGCAUAUAGAUUGGUAGAGUCAGUUCACUUGGUCAUUGUCUAGGUUUUAGAAACGCACCCAAACUGUACACAACAGAUUUGAGAACAUUCACCAAAAUGAAGCGAAACAGAAGUUAAGUCCAGUCUUACCUGACUGAGAGGACUUCUAAAUAAAAUAUGCAGGAAAUUCAGAAUUGCAGAAAAAAAAAUCCAAGAUUACACUCAUGAUGGUGUAUCAGGUAGAGAAGCAAGCGGUAAAAAUAGACUCAACAUUUUAAGUAUUUAAUGUAGAUAGACGUUUAGAAACCUUAAACUUCCAGGGUUUUGUAAAGACGCUCCAGGCCACUUCAUUGCUUCAUCAAUUCUCACGCCCAUUUCUUCUCCAUCCACCUCAGUUAUCAGGUAGAUUGUAAUAUACGUCCAGGAAACACGACAUUCCCUUUAGGAAGUGGUACAACAUCAAUUCUGUCCUGACAUGGUUUUUAAUGCUCUUAUAUUGUGUAAACAGACAUCAGUCCCGAAUCGCACAUUCUUUUUAUGGGUUCUAAAGGAGGAGAUAAAAUUUUAAAUUUAAUCUUGUAUUGCUAAUUUAAUAAACAUAAAAUAUUUAACAUAUCUAAAUGCUCAUUCAUAGCAGAGUUUAACGAUACCAAUAUUUUGAGGACAAAUUAGCACCAUAUAAAAUUGUGUUACUUUGUAAUUAAUCAUUCAGGCUAAUAUUUAUCAACCACUCAAUGUUUGUAUCAGUGUGAUGUGACUUGGUUCUACCUUGAAUUUAAAAGAGCGAUGUUUUUAUUUAGUUUAGGAAACUACUUAUUUAACAGAUUUAUUUUUUCAGGUUCUUAUAGUUUGAUUUUUCACUAACUCAAAACGAGAAGAUUUCCAGCUCUUUCUGGAAAUCUGUCUCUCUUUGACAUGGGCCAGUAACAUUAGUUCUUACCUUUGUUAGCGGUCCAAAAAGGGUGGAGUGGGAUUCAAGCGAAAAUGUCUGGUGGAGCUCACAAUUGGUGGAUCUUCAAAAAUAAUCUGAAUAGUGAAUUUUCUCACACCAGGUCAACUUGGCUCAACUUGGUCAGGUUGACCUGGUAUGAUGGGUCAAUUCAAAGUCUCAGUCAUGUUGAAGAUGUAAAACAAUCACUAAGUGACAUCGUACAAUUUAAGUUUCAGGCAACUUUACAAAACCGGAGCCAUGUUUGUCAUGGAAGAUCCAGGAAAAAUUCUCUACUCACUAAAACAAUGGAAUCUUCUCAUAAAUCCUCUAACAGGAACUUCUCAAUCUCACCCAAAAAAGUCUGGUUUGGCCAAAAUGGAGAAGGGAUGAAAUGACCAGCAAUUUCAGAAAACUGAUGGGUUUUUUUUCUUUCUUCCAACUCUGCCUAAGUUAUUUAACGCAACAUACACACAGAGACUCGGCUCUGAUUGUGAGGGUCCUUUUAUUGUGGCUUUAAUUUGGUGAAUGUUGCAAGCAUAACUAACAUUGCCACAAUUAUCGUCUGGCAACUGCUAUGCAAUCACUUUUUUUCUGGCAGUGCAAAUGCAAGCAAAAAAAAAAAAAAAAGUUGUAGUAUUUCUUAUUACUUUGCUGUAUGAGGGAUUCCUAUAACUAAAGGUUCUCCAAGAGUUCUUAGAAAAGUUUGGUCAGAAGAAACAUUGCUUCUUAUAAAAUCUAAAAAUGCAUCUGCUGUUCUUUUGGGGUAAAUGAAAAAUUUUUGCGCGCUAAGAAACCUUUAUACGAAUCCCCCUCUGGGGUUGAAAAACCCCCUUUCUGAAAAUGUCAGUGUUACUGUGAGCUGCAAGUGUUCGUUGUUCAUUCGGGUUUGCUGAAUGGGGAUGUUGCCUGGGCACUGCUGGUUUUGACGCUUUAACAUGAUGGAUUUAGCUAUUUGAAGUGUCCUUUUUGUGUAAAACAGCGAUCACUCCAUGGAAAAAAUUUUAAAACGGAGUACUUCUUCAGUAAUUUCACACGGAAUCCCUUCAUAAUUCCUUACAAAGCCAAUACUUUACUUCAGGGGAACAUAAAGUGUUCAGUGCACAGAUUAUCAGCACAGGGUGUCAUUUUAACUGUUGGCCUUGUUGUUAAACAUUCUGCUGUUUUCCAGGAAAAGAUGCAAAAUGAAAUAAGAGAGGCAAAUAUUUGUGAACAACAAAGCCUGUGCUGAACUCUCAGAACAUUUACUGCCAUUAUCUGACAGCCUCUGCCAUUGAAGUCUGACAAGUUUCAGGAUUGAGGCACUUAAAUAUUUCAGUCACUACUCUGGUAUUCAAACCUGGAUUGGGGGUUCAUCUGGGAUGGGAGACCCAUCAAGAGUAAUCCGUAAUCUAACUUGUGAUGCUGUAUGGUUUGUAUACAGUUAAAUCUUUAUAUUGGCAUGAUGGAAAUUAUGUUUGCUGGGGAUGCAUUUUGGUCUUUUCUAUGGCAAUGCAUGAUGGUUUCAGGCUAAAGGUUUUUACGGCUAGUUCCUUGUGCUGUUGAGUUUGCAUCUUUUACAUACUACUACAAACACACAAACAUUAAGUGACCUUUUUUAACAACUGCUGCAAGAUGUUUCAGUUAUUUAUUUUUGUCAUAAACAACAGAGUUAUUAUUUUAUAUGCUUUUAAAAGCUAUAACCAGCAAACACAGUGGUACAUAGCAACUGCAUUUAAUCAAUCCAAACGAAACAAUCUUUCUUCAAGUGUCCUUACAAAUGCUGAGGGUUUAUAUCACUCCUUCUGUUUGCGUUUUUUGCAACCCUUUGGUAUCAGGGGACAAGCUAUUUACCGCUCACACCAUAACUUGCGUCCCAUGGUUCAAUGGGAGGUGUGUUUGUGAGGGACUGUGUUUUGUAUGCGUGUGGGGGUGUUCUCGUGCGUGUACAGUGUUGUUUAGCUCGUAAAUUAUAACUGGGAAUGAUGGUUUAUUGCUUGUCUUGUUUAAAGGAAAAAAAAAAACAUGCUUGUGUGCGGAGCAUGGAAAAGUGACAAUCUGUUCAAUGACUCCUGCCUUUUGUUGGAUAUUUUUUAUUAUUUUUUCUUUUCACCACCGGCAUUAUACUUUUGUUCUGUUCUGGUAUGACCUGCCUAAGGCUCCCAAAAUGCUUCUGUGUGUAAAAACACUGAAUUGUGGAUUCUUGUUUUGUUUUUUUGGUUGGUGCGAUACUAAAUGCUUCUGUGUUUAAUGUGUCUGCCCUGCCACUUGGGGCAUGCUCUUGUCUCCCUGCUUCGCCUUUUCAAUGAUCCUGGCAUUGCCCAUGCAGUCUUUAUGAUCAUGGAUGAAGUUUCUGUGCACAAGAUGUCCCUUCCCAGGAAAGUCUGAACUAAAUGGCUGCUAACAGUUUAGAGACUGAGAUCGAUUGCUUAUAAUAGCCAUAAAUAUUCCAUGGUUUCAAAAUAUUAACACACAUAUUAAACAUGCUCUAUAUGCUUUUAUUUUAAAAACAAAAGCAACAAUUACUCCUACUAAUUGUAAAAUAAUAAUCAUAUAUAUUACAUCUAUAAUUGGGGAUGUCCCAGUCCCGAUGAAAGGUACGUUUGUAUGGGUGUUUCUAUGAUUGGGUUUUAUUAUUACUUUUUAAUAAUCAACUUUUUGAGUCCUUAAUACAACAUCUUGAUAUCUAGUGUCGAGCUACUGUCUGCAAUUGCACUGUUUGAUUUCCAUGCCAUUUUUAAAAAAUUAAGCCUAUUUAGUUGAACAAAACUUGAGAAACUUUGCUAGUUUGCAUGAAGUUAUUUGUUGAUCAUUUCUGUUUAGCUUCGAAGCCUUUUUCGCCCAAAUGGUGUUCUGCUCACAAUGGGGAACAAUGGCAUUACGUUUUACAACUCCAAAAACAAUAUUUCUGAAUAAAUAUUGAAAAAACUUAGAACUUUUUUCGAAGUUUGUCUUUUAACAAUUCGCAGGAAACCCAACGAAAUGUUGGGGCAAGUCAUUUCGAAACGAAGCCUAAAGAUGCUAGUAGCUUAGCAUUUAGCUAACUACGCCAGAGGAAAAAAAAAACACGUCAGUAACAACCAUUAUGUUGAGUCAAAAACGAUAAAAUUGCUUAUUCAACGUGAUGCUUUGUUAGUCGCAUAGCUUUCUUGGUCAGUUGUGUUAUCACUGACCUACAGUCACUGGUUGUGACAAAAAUAAUUGUCGCUAAUCAGAAAUGGGACAAUUGGAAGAACAGCAGAAACUAAAGCAUCCAUACUGGGUUUGCAAACAUGUGUAUUAAUUUGAUAAAGCCUGAAGCAGGGACUAAAUUUCUUUAGUUUCUAAGUUUCUUAUUGAGAUUACCAUAAUUUUUUCAGCAGGUUUGAAUUAGUUUGUCAAUCUUCUGACUAGUAAACUUGAUUUUGAUCACAACUUGGUAAAUUUGUCAGUUAUAUUUUACAUUUCAGUUAACACAUUUUACUAUAUACAUAUAUCUUUAAGAAAAUUAUUUACUAUUUAAAUAUUUCUUCUUGAGGAGUAUACAACUAAAGCUAUUUCUUUUUAAACAAAUUAACUUUUUUUUUUUUAUUUUCUACUGCUUUAAGCAGCAUGUCCUCUAAAUGUCGCAUCCUCCCAUAUGCAUGCCUUUUUUUAAAAACAAAAAUAUCAAAUUUCAUUAUAGUUAUUCUGGAAGCCAAGGGUUGAAACAAUUUUUGUCAAAAUUAUCAGCAAUCAGGACAUCCCUAAUUAUUAGGUAUGUUUAUAUUAUCUAUCAUAUUUAUUUUAAUUUUACACUAACCUAUGUGAAAAUAUGGGAUAAACACUCGUAGCAUAUGGAGUAUAACAAGAUGGUAAAUUUGUCAAGGUCUUUGCUCCAGUAGCAAACCAACUGUAGUUUCCCCAACAUGGCUGAAAAACUACAAAUGGCUACCUAAGGGAAAGUAAAACUGGAGCACAACAAUAUGUUGUGCUAUAAACAGCCACUGAAAACUCCAGUAACUCCAGACAUUCAUCUGGCAUCUUAAUGAAAGGUCUUAAAAUCUUAGGAAGAGUAUGAUGGAAACUUGUGUGGUUUUGAAACUGUGACUUUUUAAAACCUUGGUUUACUUUGAUUCCCGAAAACGGCGUACAAGGAAGAACACGAGGAUCCAAGCUUUAGCAACUUGGGGAUUUUUUUGUUGUUGUUGCCUUUAAGAGCAAUUUGUGUAACAUUUGUGUGGCAUUGUCAAGGGAGAAAAGGAAGAGCAGUGGAGUAAUAUACCAGCCUCUUAUUAAACUAUUUUAGAAGCAAAAUAUUUAAAAUACAGAGAAAUGUACACUGUACUUAAUUAUGUGUCAGAUUUUUAAGCUAUUUUUAUAAGGGGAGGAAAACUGUUUAAAUUGACUGUUUAGUAUACACGUGUGAAUAUUUGUUUUGCAUCCAUGUUAUGAGUUGUUUGGAAUAUUAUUUUUAAAUAGAAUGACGCUUGCUGAAUUGUUAAGUGUAUAAACAUUGUGGUAUGAGUGUAAACUUUAUAUAACCUAUUGGUUUAUGUAAAAUCAUGGCCUUAUUAGAGCAAAUUGUACUCUGUUGUAUAACACUAAGCUGCAGAUGUACAUUGCAGCUUUCACAACUACACAUUUUUUAUAGUUACAAUGAGGUGUUUUGUUUUUUUGGAGCAGGAGUUUUAGUAUGUGGAUUUUUCCCUGUGAAAAUGUAUAACUUCCCCCCCUCACUCUGACACAAAACAUUAAGUUUAAUCUAAGAAGAAUAAUUCUUGUUGAUUGUUUUUGUUUCUUUUUGUGUUGUGUGCAUUACGCACCACAACACUGCUAUUGGUGAAAUACAAACUGGACUGCAUUUUCAUGAUUGCUGAAAACUGAAACAGAAAGCAGCAAGGAAAUAAAUGUAUGUGGAGCCUCUCAGUCCUCAACACUCCUAAUAUAUAUAUAUAUAUAUAUAUAUAUAUAUAUAUAUAAACACCAAACAUUAAAGAGGCACAUUUAUUGUACUUUCUGAACUGUACCUAAUUGUACCAUUUUUUUUUUAAUUUGCAGCUUCUUUAUAAUGUUUUUGUAUAUUUUCCUUUUGAAAUAUGUCACUUCUGACCUUCUCUGAAAAUAUAUAUAGAUAGAUAUAAAUAUAUAUUUAUGCAAAUUGUUGCUUAUUAGUUUUUUUUUCUGUCACUUUUUUUUAUUUCAUGUUUGAAUAAAGCUUUUGUUCACUAUCCAAAACUUGAACAUAUGUUUUUAGCAUAAUUUUGUCUGAUCUCUUCAUCGGUCUCCAUGGAAACUUGAUGGAAGAACACACAAAGUGCACAGAAAA